AAGAUGCUUGCCACACUGGAUGAUCCUUUUACUCGUUUUCUGGAGCCUGAGAAGUUCAAGAGUUUGCGGUCUGGAACUCAAGGUGCUCUUACAGGUGUAGGGCUGUCAAUUGGCUACCCUAGUCAAUUGGAUGGACCAGCUGCUGGACUUGUUGUCAUUUCAGCUGCUCCGGGAGGUCCUGCAAAUAGGGCUGGCAUUUUAACUGGGGAUGUCAUUGUAGCAAUUGAUGAUACAAGUACAGAAACCAUGGGCAUAUAUGAUGCAGCAGAGCGGUUGCAGGGACCUGAAGGAACUUCGGUGGAAUUGACCAUUCGUAGUGGACCUGAAAUAAAGCAAGUAGCUUUGACGAGGGAGAAAGUUUCUCUGAAUCCAGUGAAAUCAAGACUAUGCAAAGUGCCUGGUUCAGGGAAAGAUUCUCCUAGCAUUGGUUAUAUCAAAUUAACAUCUUUCAACCAAAAUGCAUCUGGUGCUGUCAAGGAAGCUGUUGAUUCUUUAAAGAGUAGUAGUGUUAAUGCCUUUGUGUUGGACCUUCGAGAUAAUAGUGGUGGUCUUUUCCCAGAAGGAAUCGAGACUGCCAAGAUUUGGUUGGACAAAGGUGUGAUUGUGUAUAUCUGUGACAGUCGUGGUGUUCGAGAUAUAUAUGACACAGAUGGAAGCAGUGCAAUAGCAGCUUCAGAACCCUUAGCCGUGCUGGUGAACAAAGGAACCGCCAGUGCAAGUGAAAUUUUAGCCGGUGCAUUGAAAGACAACAAACGUGCUGUGUUGUUUGGAGAACCCACAUAUGGGAAAGGCAAGAUUCAGUCGGUUUUUGAGCUAUCUGAUGGCUCUGGCUUGGCUGUUACUGUAGCUCGUUAUGAGACGCCUGCUCACAUAGAUAUUGAUAAGGUUGGUGUAAUUCCUGACCAUCCUUUACCCAUUUCAUUUCCCAAGGACGAGGAGGGAUUUUGUAGAUGCCUCCAGGACCCUGCAUCUGCUUGCUACGUGAACAGAGUCCAGCUAUUUGCGAGAUGACAGAAUAUUUGGAUAUUACCAUUGCACAUUGCUUUGGGGAACAUGACGGAAUUCUUUGUAAAAUGUACUUUUAACUCAAUUUGGGAGGGUUCAUUCAAUUAUAAAGCGUAAAUUUAACAAGGGUUGAAAAGGAAAAGCAGUCUUUGUUUGGUGAUAAUCCAAGGAAAAGAAAGAAUAGCUAGUCAAUAUUGAGGAAUGCUUAUUCCCAUGGCUACCAAUCUGUUGAAACUGAUGUGGUUCUUUUCAUUUUAAAUGAGAGUCAGUUC